ACGUAUAUCAAUUUUCUAUUCGUUUUAUACGCGUCGAUCUAAGCGUUCGGAGGGCAUUCGUUUCGGAUGUCGCGAUCGUAUUCGAACGUCGUCUCAUUCACACUCGUCAUAUCAAGGAAUCAUUGUCAUUAUUUCUAUCGUUUUAUAGGCGGUGAACCGGCAUCUCACAUAUAUCACGAUAUCGCAUACACUGUACCUAUAGUUGACGGUCGUCACCGGCGGCGUCUCGUCUUUAUUUAGUCUUUGCCGUCGUCUCACGCCGUUCGGUCGACACAAUAUAAUAACUAUAAUUUACAAUAAAAUACCUAUCGCAUUUCCGGAGCGGCUUUUCGAUUCGGCACAAGAAAAAUGUCACUCUCCACAUGCGGUCUCGCCGUUUUUGCGUGCGUCGCGAUAUUUGUAUUGCAAUGUGCUGUCGAUUCGACUGACGCUUUGCCGACCACAGAUCAAUCGCUGGAGUCAUCCACACAGUUGCCGCUGUCAUCAAGAGACACCGAAGACGAAGUACUCGGCACGAGUGCUCUUACCACUUCAUCAACCGGUGUAGAGGUUGGUGAUUAUGCGGUUAAGGACACGGCUUUGGUGGACAGUGAAAAAGGCCACGUCCAUAAGCCUAUUAAAAAAAAGAAACCUUUGGGCAAACACAAGAAGAAAAAGCAUUCGUUUAAAGAUAAAUUUUUGCCUCUGCUUCUAAUACCAUUUGUUAUUCAAACAAUGCUCAUACCGUUUUUCAUAAUGAAACUGAAAUUGUUAGCUUUGAAAGCAAUGGCAGUGGGCAAGUUUGCGAUUCUGUUGAUCGCUUUUAAUAUGAUGCGUAAUUGGUCACAAAAUGCACACAGUACUUCGAUUCGUGGAUCAUCUGGGGAUUCACUGCUCAUGGCUCAAAAUUACGGUUACAACGGUGUUCCAGAAUUCGGCGCAAUAUUUAAUGGCCGUUAGUAAUUGACCGACUUUUGUAGUGCCUAAUAAUUUAUUAAAUUUAUAAUGCAAUGCUCUCUGCACACGUUCAACGUCGGAGGUAGUGCUAUAUCAACAUAAGACUAUUUAUAAACAAAAUCACCAAUGAUGUAUUAGAUUAAUGACUAUAUAUUAUAUUAAUGAAUGUAAUAUCUCGUAAGGUAUAUUACCUACAUUUUAUGAUAUUGUAUUUUAUCAUUAACCAUGUCUCAAAAUUAGAUUCUAUUUAUGUGUUAUUUUGUGCCUUAUAUCUUUAUUUUAAUAUUGUCAUAAUUAUCAUAAGUUAUUAUGUAGAACUACUUACUAUAAAAUAUAAAACUUUACAUUUUGUAUGUA